UAAAAAUCUUACUUUUAUUACAUGAUAUAACAAUCAGGUCAAGAUAGGCGCUAUGGUGAAACAGUUAAUUGCAAAUAAACAAUAAGUUUUUGUCAAGAAUAUCAUUUUUGGUAAAAGCUUUUAUCGCCGACUGUACUUUUCUUUUCACAGGCAACUAAUACUCAUCGAGACAAUUCUAACAACCCCAAACACAAUUAGUUUGCGUUGUUUUAUGACAUAGUUCCCAUGGCCUACUCUAUCAUCAGAUUAUGUCUCCAUCAUCAGAUCAGCUCCAUCUCAUCAUAAUAUUGUAUUAUCAACCGAUUAACCUAUGUAUGCACAAUGCCACUAAUGUCAGUUCAAUCGAAAAUCGGGAAGUGGGUCAAGUUUAGCUUUCAAAAUUUGACUGACACUAACAGAACUUUACUAACAUAGAUACAUAUUAACAGGACAAGUUAAAUAAGACUUCUAGAUUAAUGCUUGUGGGCAUUUUGACUUUGUUAUGGCCAUUUAAAAUGAAGUAUUCGAAGAACCUUGUGUUGUUUUCGUUGUUCGCGAUGAACUUGGUGGACCAACCAGCGCCGGUGGUGAAGAUCGCUCAAGGGAGAUUGAGCGGGAAGGUCAGCGACGACGGGUCGUACUUUGAGUACGUUGGCAUACCGUAUGCGACGACCAAUCACAGCACCAGGUUCCAAGCACCUGGACCGCCACCAUCAUGGAAGGGUACCUUCAAAGCGACAGACCACAUAUACAUGUGCCCACAAAACUCCAAGUGGGGCACAGUUGGCAGAGAGGACUGUCUGACGAUAAACGUCUACGUCCCAGCCAUGCCCCUGCAGUGCCCUCUCCCCGUCAUGGUCUUCAUUCAUGGCGGAGGAUUUAUUCUAGGCAGCGGAGGAAAGUUCUUCUACGCGCCAGAUUAUCUAGUCAAACAUGAUGUGAUCAUAGUUACCUUUAACUAUAGAUUAGGCGCACUAGGGUUCAUGUGUUUAAAUAUAAAAGAAGCGCCAGGAAACGCUGGCUUGAAGGACCAGCUGGCGGCUUUGAGGUGGGUAAAGAAAAAUAUCGGUGCAUUCGGCGGCGAUCCUGAGAAUGUGACUGCUUUUGGCGAAAGUGCUGGAGGUGCUUCGGUAUCUAUGCUUGUAGCUAGCGAUGCUGCCAAAGGCCUGUUCCAGAAAGCUAUCAUACAGAGCGGAUCAUCUAUAGCCAACUGGGCAGUCAACAGGAAGCCCGUGGGGGUGUACAGCCUUAUUGCGAAACAGCUGGGCUAUGAUACAGAAGACCCGCACGAGCUGUACAAUAUAUUUAAAAACCUUCCCGUGGAGGACUUCCUCAGGACGAGACCAAAGAAACCUUUGGACAAGUUCUUCGACGCGCAACUAUUGCAUUUGCCGUGUGUCGAAAAACCUUUUCCCGGCGUAGAGCCUAUUAUAACAGAUUUGCCGUAUAAUAUUCUCGAUAAGAAGAAACUUAAUAUGUCUAUCAUUCAUGGAUCGAACAGUAAUGAAGGUUUAUUUCUAAUUGGUAGAGAGAUGGCUGCGUCUGUCAAUGAAAGAAACGGUCGUUAUUUAUUUGCUUCUGAUUUAGAGUUCAAAACAGAACUAGAAGCUGAAGAAGCAGCGAAAGAAAUAAAAGAAUUUUACUUCGGAGAGGAGACUAUUGAUAUGUCAAAAAUACUGAACAUGUCAGAUCUUUAUACUCACUUGUACUUUGAAAUACCGUCGUUGCUAGAAAGCGAGGUUUUGGUCAAAAAUACAGAUCAGCCGAUUUAUAAUUACUACUUCGACUAUGGGGGCAGCAGAAAUAUGUUGAAAGCUAGAUCAGGAUAUCGGAACUCUGAAGGGGCCUGCCAUGCUGAUGACUUGUUUUAUUUGUUUAAACCAGACUUUUGGCCAAACUAUAUGGAGAUCUGGAGCGAAAAAGAUAAUGAAAUAAUAAAUACUAUGACUAAAUUAUGGACUAACUUUGCUAAGUACGGAAACCCAACGCCAGAAUCCGCCACGGAUCUACCACGAUGGUUCCCCAGCUCUCGAGCGGGGUUAAAACUGCUCCAUAUAGGUAAAGAGGUCAAAAUGGGCCCCGUGCCCAACCCCGAGGCCUACGAAAUGUGGAGGCGGGUGUUUACAACUCAUCGACGAAAGACGGUAUAGGGAGCCAAUUGUAUAGUAAACUAUUUAUUUUUAUAAUUGCUUUCAAUACCUUUGUUCAUAGUUUAUAAUAAUAUAUAGACUAUAGUAAUUUAAUAUUACGUUUAGGGGGGAUACAAGAAAAUGUGACAUGUAUGACAAGGGGAGGGGGAAUCACAAACUUUGUGACUUCAUUUUAACUUCAUGAGUAACUGAAAAUUGAUUUAAUUGUUUUCAUUCGCUGUACAGUGAAAUAACAAGUUUUUGGACCGAUAAUCGUUUUUAUUCGUUUAAUUUUAUUUCCUGAUUAGUUUUGGGUUAUAAAAUUAUUAAUAUUUAUUUUAUCAAAAGUA